GAGAGAUCCCGCUCUUCUUCCUCUUUCUUCUCUAUCCAGAUUCAAAAUUCAUCUUCUUCGAAUUCCUACCUUCGAUUUGUAAGUAAGCUCAUGCUGUGAUUCUCAUCUCCGCACGUUCCUUAUGUUAGUGAUGGCUUCAUCGCGAAAGUUACCAUGGGAGGAGAACGAAUGGGAGUAUAUCAACGACGAUGGUUUCGUCUACAAGCGCCAAAAACGUUUUCCAGAUCCAACCACCUCCACCAUCGCUCCCACACUUCCAGAUCCCGCCGCGGAAGAGAAGAACAGGAAGGAGACGAAGAGAAGGGCUUUAAUCAAUUUACGAGAAAAAUACAGGAAAGAAAUUUCCCACUGGGACAUUUUAUCGAACACUUUGAAGGCAAUGCAAGAAAAAUUCCUAAACCAGUCACAACUGUCUUCUCACUUGACCGAUAGUUCGCUACCCGUCUUGACGCCCAGACAUGCUAAUAAUCAUGAACGAAAACUCGAUGAACUGCUGAUUCAAACGGAGUCUGAAGAAGCUUUAAUGGAAGAUAUAUCGAACCUUUGUGAUGUAGCGGAAGCCAUUUGUAGGUCGGAAGAAGAGCGCAAUAUGCAGUCUUUAGUGAAUCUUCCAAUCUGGGUAUCUCCUCAAGAACUUAUGAAGUCAUUAUGUGAAGAGUGAAAGUAAUAUUUCUCUAUGGUAGUAGCAUAAAUGUCUAGGUUUUAGUAAUAGGUAACACAAUCUGUAACUUCAUUGCAUCAUUGUAUAAACUGUUAUUCAUAUUGGUGAGAGAAUUUUUAGU